AUGCUUCCAACUAUCGUUGCUGUACCAGGUGCAUGGCAUACUGCCGAGUCAUUCGAUCCCAUCAAGAAAAUCUUAACGCAAAAGGGUUACCAAUUCGUGAGCCAAGAUGCACCGGGACUACACGACGCAAACGGGACAUGUCAAGAUGAUGCGAUAUCUCUACGGACCAACAUUCUACUUCCCCUUGUUGAGGAAGGCAAGGAUCUUGUUGUGCUGAUGCAUUCUUAUGGUGGGAUGUAUGGUUCGCAGGCUGUCCAAGGGUUGAGCAAGAAGGAACGAGAACAAGCCGGUAAGAAAGGUGGUGUGACGGGCCUAAUCUAUGUUUCGGCUGUGACACCAAUUGAGGGAAAAACGACCCUGGAAAUGAUGGGCACGGACUCGAAGAAUCUCCCUCCGUUUGUGGAUUACGAUGAGACAACCGGCUGGGUCAGAUUCACAGGGGCAAAGGAAGCAAUGUAUCACGAUAUUCCCGAUAAAGAAGCCGAUCAUUAUAUUUCACUGCUCAAAGAUCAAGCCCUGAAUAGCAUGAACACGCCAAUUACUUAUUCUCCGCUUGCAGAUGAGAACUUCAAAGGAACGGCUGGUUACAUUGUUUGUGGGGCUGAUUGUGUUGUGCCUCGAACAGGCCAGGAGACGUAUGCAGCUGUAGGGGGUAUUGACAGGGUAGUCACAGUUGAGAAGGCGAGCCAUGCGUUCUUCGCUACUGCGGCUGAAGAGAUUGUCGACGCAGUUCUUCAGCUGGUGGAGUUAUGA